AUGUCCGUUGACAGCGACUUCGCCAGGCGUCUGCCCAAGAUCGAGCUACACGCACAUCUCACGGGGAGCAUCAGCAGAACCUGUUUGCAUGAGAUAUGGAUUACCAAAAAAGCCCAAGAGCCAGACCUUGACGUGGAAGAUCCCCUGAUUGCCAUUCCUCCAGGCAAGGUCGACUACGAUAUCAAAACGUUCUUUCCUCUCUUUUCGUCGUACAUCUACAGGCUUUGUAAUGAUCUACCCAGCAUUGAAUACUCGACCAAGGCUGUCCUGCAAGAUUUCCAGGCUGAUGGCGUGGUCUACGUCGAGCUUCGAACAACCCCAAGAGCAAUGCCCACCAAGGGAAUUACCAAAGAUGACUAUGUCAAAACUAUCUUGGAUAUCCUAAACGUGCACAACGAUCACAAAGGCAAUGCAAUGCGUGCCUUCCUCAUCCUAUCAGUUGACCGUCGUAACACCCCUGCAGAAGCCGAAGAAGUGGUCGAUCUCGCCAUAAAAUACCAGACCAUGGGCGUUGUUGGUGUUGACCUCUGCGGAGACCCAGCCAAAGGCGACGUCCGCAUCUUCACAGACGCAUUUGCACGAGCCAGAGCAGCAAACCUAAAGAUCACACUACACUUCGCCGAGGGAGAAGUCUCAGCCUCGGAUACAGAGCUGGAAACACUCCUCUCGUGGAAACCCAACAGACUCGGGCAUGUCAUCCACGUGAAAAACGAGUAUCGGAGGAUCAUCGAAAAGGAGAACAUUGGUGUGGAACUCUGCCUCAGCUGUAACGUCCACGCCCAGAUGAUCACAGGUACAUAUUCAGACCACCAUUUCGGGACGUGGAGGCAUAGCAGUGUUCCCGUGGCUCUUUCCACUGAUGAUGUCGGCGUCUUCUGCAGUCCUCUGUCACAGGAGUACUACCUUGCUGCACAGCACUUUGGACUCAAUCGCACCGACAUCAGAGCGCUUUGUGAGCGAGCUAUCGACUCCAUAUUCACUGGCCCGGAAGAGCAUGCGCGUCUGAAAAAGAUGUAUUCGGAGUGGGCUGGUUGGACUGUGUAG